AUGUUAGAAGAUAACCCAAUUGUGGGUGGCAACAAGAAGACGAAGAAGAGAAGACGUCGAAGACGAGAUUUCACAACGACGGCAAGAAUGAGAAGAAGAAACAGCAGCAGCAGUAGAAGAAGACUUCGGGAAGACUUCUUCAGAAAUCUGACCCCAGAGUUGUUGUGUGAAAAGAAAAUGGGUAGCAGUUGCAGAUUCGAUUCUGAGAUUUGGAAAAAAAGAAGAGAAGAGAACUAUGAUACGGGUGUCAAAUUCAAGAAAGAAGUAGGCGAUAUAUAA